AUGCAGGUAAUUUUUGCUGCAAAAACGGUGGAACGGCGAGGAGCCUACGCAUCAGCUUUAACGCUGACGCACAGCCAUGUGGGUCCCGUGGCUCUCAACGGACGUGCGCUCGGAGGCCCCGCUCCCGGGCCUCCUGGUUUCCCGCCUACACAACAGCGAAACGUGAAGACACGCCAGCACGUGUGGGCAAACCCUGGACGGUGUGAUCGCGGCUCGGGGAGACCCUCUGGGGGCCAGCGCAGGGGGCAGGGAGGCAGAAAACUGCGUCUGCUCCUUCAGCACCAAAGCGAGGGGCGUUUCCCAGCAAGCUGUCCUGGGGUGUGCUCGGCGGGCACUGUGCUCUGGGGGGGCCGUCUCGCGCCCGCUGCCCCGACAAGUGCAAUUCCCUUCUUAGCCCCCCCGCCCCCAGCCCCGGGCACGCAGGAGCCUCCUACAGUGGUGUGCAACCCAGAGCUGCCUGGAACGCCGCGUCUGGGCCUCGCCUCCUGGACGCAGCCCUCCGACACUGUUCCCAGCUCCCAACUCGGGCCGCAACAUUACUCCCGCCGGGUCUCCUACGGCAGGCCCCUGCCCCCGCCUGGCGAGUCCUCCCACAACGGCACACGGUCCUUCCAGAUCACGCUGCGGCCUUUGCUCUGCACCGUGGCGAUUCACAAGGCCGGCCUCUACCUGCCUCCUCCCACGCACCUCUCUCCACUGCACCUCCCAGCCCUCUUUCCAGCACACCAUUCGCUCCUGAGAGCAGGGAGCAGACGGAACAUUCCAGAACACUCGGGAGCUCUCCCGGCAGCUCCCUCCCACUAUCCAGAUGCCAUUCCCCAGACCUCCUGUGUACGGGGCCCCGCCAAGCCGCUGCGGUCUCCCCCGACAUGCCUGUGUUCACAGCACCUGUCGCUAUCUGGAGUGAGCCAGCCUGGUUCCCCGUCCACAUGCUCCUUGCACUGGAAGCUCGUCUGUCCCGUUCACCGCGGCCCCGCACACGGACCCUCAGAACAGACGCAGUGAACGCACGAAUGCACACGUCCCCGAUAGCAGCCACGUGACUCGGGGAGCUCGCGUCCAAAGGGCAGUCAUGCUCCCCUCCCAUCGACCACCCCUCGGGGACCCUGAGCUGGAGGCUGUAACAGGAGGCUGUGAACGCCCAGGAAACACGGCCACAGGCAGGUGUCCCACAAAGGCGGGGCACUGAGCACCCCACAUCCUGAAGAAAGAUCCCGUAACAGGGCAAAGGCUUUCCUCAGGGCGCUCAGAUGAGCGCAGAACCACUCUGCGGCCUGCAGACAUCAGUCCUCCCCCCAAACCCCACUUCCAGCACUCAGUAGGACCGUCUCAACUUCUUGGACCGAGUGGAAGCUCAGCCCACUCCACACGCAGCCGCAGAAUCCAGACAAAGGUUUUGUGGACCAGAGCGUGCACAGGGCACGCCGACGCGGACACAUCCCCUCUCCCACCGUAUGAAGCCUGCAGGUUAUGACCGCGAAACUGAGUUCGUGGCUCCGGAACGGGCUGCGACCUGCGGUCUGAAAAGCCCUCGCAGCCGCUGCUCCUGAUUUGGCCACCAAACCCCUCCACCCACAUCCCUGCAUCCCGUGCCCGCAGGUGGGUCGUGUGAGUUUUCCACGUUUCGGGACGAAGGACCACAGACACACGCGCAGCCCACGUGCAUUUCUGGAGGCCAGACGUGCGGGCAGCUCGGCCGGGCUCUCUGCUCACCAAGGUGCUGGCCCGGCGGGCUCUUCCCAGGAGGCUGUGCGGGACAAUCUGCGUCCAGUCCCAUCCAGACUGUUGGCAGAAUUCGGCUCCUGAGGACGGCCGGGCCGGGGCCCCAUCUCCUGGCUGGCUGCCGGCAGGGGUCCCUGAGCAGCCCGAGGGGCCUUCCUGUCCUCUCUCGCCGUCCCUCACCUCCACCGUCCACGGCCGCAUGUGCAAUCCUCUGGGACCUGACUCUCGCCCACCCAGCCUCCUCCGCCCGCUGGUCCGACCCCAUCAGACCAGACCAGACUUUCCUGCCGGACACUCUGCCCCCAGGUCCUCGGUGACACCACCUCGGAUGCCAUGUCAUCCAUGUCCACGUUCCGCGGAGCGGGAUGGGGUCUCGUCGGGACACGUUUAGAGCUCUGCCAACCAGGACCCUGAGAGACCACGGCUCCAGGGCUCGUGGCCGUUCUGCCCGCAGGGGCAGGGGGCCCAUUUCAGAAUGUGGGAAGAAGAGGACGUACAGGCAGACUCUUCGUUUUGGUGAUGCCUUGGGUGAGUGGAGCCAAGCCUGAUGUCUUCUCCACCCCAAUCUCGCUGCAGUCCCCCGUCCCCCUUACUGCUUACUCCAGUCUGGGAAGGGCUCUCAUCUUUGCUGCCAGGCCACCCGCCCCCUGAAUGAGAUAACUGGACCAGUACCGUGUCCCAGGCUGGUCCUGGGGGCCCCACCAUCAGUGGGCGCUCCAGUGCCGAGGAAGCCUCGAGGGCUGAGCGCCUGCUUCGGGCAGGAUGUGGCUUACACAUUGGGCACACAGGUCAGAUGUCCCCACCGGGACUCCCAGAGCAGGUCUGCAGUGCGGGGAGAACCCCACAGCCCACAGGAAGCGGCCCCAGGGAGGUCUCUGUCCCCAGAUGGGAUGCUCUAUGAAUCACACGUGGCCCCCAGUGUCCCCAGUGAAAGGGAAAAAGCCUAUGGGGCGUGCGUCUGUUGUCAUCCAUUGCACCUGUCCCCCCCUCAGCGGUCAGCUCUUCCCUCGGCUGCCGGCCCCUCUCCACAGGUCGGAUUCGGUGUAAGGAGAGAGACCUCCAGGCCUCCAGCAUUGGGGUUAACGCGUCCUCCGUAGACUUGUUUUCCUGCAGUAAUUCCACAGGACCAGCAGAGCCUGUGACCUCUCCCGUCCGCAAGCGCGGGGACCGAAGCAGACUUUCCAGGGUGACGGCGAAGGUGUCAAGGGAACUGGGCUGGAGGCCUCAUGGUGCCGGCUGCAUGCCGACAAGCGGGGCAUCGGCACCCUUCCUAAGAGGCCAGGAGAGGGGAAUGGCCAGCAGGCCCGCUUUGCCGGAGAAGCUGCUCCUCAGUCAGGCCCACCCAGCUUUCAGGGGAGAAAAGCAACUCAGCAAGCACGCAGUGUGCCGCACACCCUGUUCAGAUGUGGCCGGAAAUUAUUUUUAGGUAAACAUUAGCUGGAAAAUAAAGGC